AUGCCCUCCUCUCCGCUCAGGGUGGCUGUGGUCUGUAUGAGUAACAUGAACAGGAGCAUGGAAGCCCUCAGCAUCCUCAUGAAGAAAGGGUUCAGUGUCAAGUCUUUUGGAGCCGGAUCCUGUGUGAGGCUCCUAGGACGUGCAAGCAACCUCCCCGUGGUUUAUGAUUUUUCCACCACGUAUGAGCAGAUGUGCAAGGACCUUCUCCACAAAGAUGGAGAACGUUAUAGAAGCAAUGGAGUCUUACACAUCUUGGGAAGAAACGAGAGAAUCAAUCCUCACCCGGAAAGAUUUCAAGAGUGCAGGGAUCCCUUUGAUGUCAUCUUCACGUGUCAGGAGAGCAUCUAUGACAGGGUGGUGGCAGAUCUGUGUGCCCGAGAGCAGAACUGUCAGCCUGUGCACGUGAUCAACAUGGACAUACACGACACCCUGGAGGACGCCACUCUUGGAUCUCUGAUCAUCUGUGAGCUCUGCCAAGGUCUCCAGCAGGCGGAUGACAUGGAAAGCAGUCUGGCUGAGCUUCUCCUGGCAGCAGAGGGGAAAACAGGAAGGAGUUUUCUGCACACGGUCUGCUUCUACUGA